GUCCGGGCGGGCAUGGCCCCGCGGGCGCUGGUGCUGGUGCUGGCGCUGGUGCUGGCGCGGGCGGCGGCGGCGGAGCUGGCGGAGGAGCUGAUGCUGGCCCUGGGGGAGGCCGAGGAGGAGGAGGCAGCCGCCCUCGGGGCCGUCCCCUCGGGGCACGCCGCCUUCCAGCGUGCCGCUAAGGCGUCGUGGCGGCUGCCCGGGCGCUACGUGGUGGUGCUGCGGGCAGGUGGUGGCCAAGCGGAGGUGCGAGGCACGGCGCGGCGGCUGCAGGCCCGGGCUGCUCGGCGGGGAUACCUGACCGAACUGCUGCACGUCUUCCACCUCCUGCCCGCCUUCCUGGUGAAGAUGAGCAGCGACGUCCUGGACAUGGCGCUGAAGCUGCCGCACGUGGAGUACGUCGAGGAGGACGCUUACGUCUUUGCCCAGAGCAUCCCCUGGAACUUGGGCAGGAUUGUGCCGCCGCAACCCAGCUCGGGCGCCUACAGCCCUCCCAAUAAAGGCGACCUGGUGGAGAUUUACCUGCUGGACACCAGCGUGCAGAGCACCCAUCGGGAGAUCGAGGGCAGGGUGCUCGUGACCGACUUCGAGAGCGUCCCCGAGGAGGAUGGCACCCGCUUCCACAGGCAGGCCAGCAAGUGUGACAGCCACGGGACCCACAUGGCCGGGGUGCUGAGCGGACGCGACGCUGGCGUGGCCACGGGUGCCAACAUCCGCAGCCUCCGCGUGCUGAACUGCCAGGGGAAGGGCACCGUCAGCGGGACCCUCAUCGGUCUGGAGUUUAUCAAGGCGACGCUGGAGGCUCAGCCCCACGCGCCGCCGGUGGUCCUGCUGCCCUUCGCCGGCGCCUACAGCCGCGUGCUCAACGCCGGCUGUCGGCGGAUGGCGCGGAUGGGGGCGGCGAUGGUCGCGGCUGCCGGUAACUACAAGGACGAUGCCUGCCUGUACUCGCCAGCGUCCGAGCCGGAGGUCAUCACGGUCGGAGCCACCGACAGCGAGGACCAGCCCGCCUCCAUCGGCACCCUGGGCACCAACUUCGGCCGCUGCGUGGAUCUCUUCGCCCCGGGGGACGACAUCAUCGGCGCCUCCAGCGACUGCAGCACGUGCUUCACGGCGCAGAGCGGGACGUCGCAGGCGGCCGCCCACGUGGCAGGCAUCGCCGCCAUGCUGCUCAGCGCCGAGCCCCAGCUGAGCCUCGCCGAGCUCCGGCAGCACCUCCUGCGCUUCGCCACCAAGAAUGUCAUGGACAUGGUCUGGUUCCCCGAGGAGCAGCGGCUCCAGACGCCCAACAGCGUGGCCGGGCUGCCCGCCCGGCUGGGCGCAGACGAGCGGCUGUACUGCCGCUCGGUGUGGUCGGCGCGCUCGGGGCUCACCCGGCACGCCACGGCCGUGGCUCGCUGCGCCGGCGCCGAGGAGAUGCUCAGCUGCUCCAGCUUCUCCCGCAGCGGCAGGCGGCUGGGGGAGCACGUGGAGGACAAGGACGGGCAGAAGCAGUGCGUGGCCCACAACGCUUUCCGCGGCCGGGGUGUCUACGCCAUCGCCAGGUGCUGCACGUGGCCCAGGGCCGAGUGCCGGAUCGACGCCGGCUCCCCGACGGCCGAGGGGGCCGGCUGCUCCCCGCGGGACCACGUGCUGACCGGCUGCAGUUUCCGCUCCCCCGCCGCGGCGCUGGGUGAUGGCGGCAGGCCCGUCGCGGGGCCGGGGAGCUGGCCCGGCCGCUGCGCCGGCGGGACGGAGGUGAUGGCGGUCGCCUCGUGCUGCCCCGCCGCCGGCCUCGAGUGCCGGGUGAAGGAGCACGCGUCCCCGGGCUCCGCAGAGAAGGUGACGGUGUCCUGCGACGACGGCUGGACGCUGACGGGCUGUAACGCCCUUUCCCGGAGCCCCGGCACCAUGGGAGCCUACGCCGUGGACGAUACCUGCGUGGCAGCCGGCGUCCCGGGCAGCAGCGUGGCCGCAGCCAUCGCCAUUUGCUGCCGGAGCCGGCAGUAGGGACGGGCCGAGCCGGAGACGCGGCCGCCCCGGCCUGGCGCGCCCGGCACGGCGGGGACGGGUGCCUCGCCGGACCGCCGCGUCGCCGGCUCGGUACCUUCGCGGGGCCGAGCUCCCAGCGCGGUCCGCGCUCCGACACGCGGCUGCCGACGAUCUCCGCGGUCGGGCUGCCGCGAUGGCGCGGGCCGAGCUCAUCGCGCUCUCGUAUCGCGGCGGGGCCGAGACCCGGAGGGCUCUGCAAGAAUUCUCGGAGCAGCCGGAGCACUGCCCCGUCACAGGAGUUAUCCUGGCAUCCUGUCCCCGCCGCGCGCCGGGUCUUUCUAUAAAUACGCCGACUGUAAUGAGCCGUCUCGAGGCUGUUUGUUCGUGUUGUCACCCAGCAUGUGACAAAAGCACCAGCUUUUAAAAAAAAAAAACCAUUGUGGCGAGGAUUGCUCCUUUCUCUUCCUGGUUAGUUGCUCAUUAGAUGUCAGCUAAUGCCGCUUAGCACCUGGAAAAUCAUAGUUUAGCCAUUUUUGGGCAGUUUUAUAAUUGUUUACUCAUGUUCCUAGGAGACUUCUUUACUUUUUAGUCAAGUGUAAGGGCUGUACUUUAAACAGUCUGCUUGUUUAAUUAGAUUUUAAUCUGCAUUGCUACAGUCAGCUACUGCUUUGUUAGUGUUUUUUCUGUUGUUAAGUCAAAGUUAAUGAUCUGCUGGUGUUAUGCAUUGCUUUAACAGUUUCCCUUUCAGGUCUUCCCAAGACACAUAGAACUGGCUGUAAUUCCUUUUAAAAAAAACAAAACAACAAACUGUGAAAGAAGAAAAAGCUUUCAUAGUACCUUGGUUUUUACAUUUGUACCUUAAAUAUUUAUUUGGAAUUUUAUAAAUAAACAUUUUAUAAAUGUCUUUUUAAAAUAAAA